AUGUCUCUCUCUCUCUCUCUCUCUCUCGGCCUCUCUCUCCUUUUUUUGCUUCUUUUGGGGAUUCGAGGGGUAGUACGACGAUGGCGUCUAGACUACGGUGUACAACGGGGCACGGGACACAGUUUUGUGCUCUCAAAGUACUCACUUCGCAGUCAACUCACCAGAUCAACUGAUGGUGCUGGCGCGUAUCCAAAAGGCCGGCCUACUCGACGGACUGCCAUAUCGACGGCAUACGUGCGGUUUUACAGAGGCGCGUGGUACAGGCCACCCUCGAAUGUCAAGAGGACGGGUCCAACAGGGGAUGAGGAAGCACUUAACCCAAUGAAAGAAGUGAGCCCGUACCUAAGUAGUUACACCCCUUUAGCAUUCACCGGUAACUUGUGCAACAGGUUAAGCAUCAAAUUCAACAACUAA